GAAUUAUUCUAUUUCGACACGCACGCACUCACUAAUAUAUAUAGACACGCGCUUGUAGAAAACCCAACGGUCUCUGCUCGGAAGACUAUUGAAUCCGAAGCAUAAAAGCAAAAUUUUGACCUGUUUCUAUCAAAAAAUUUCUUGUGCCCUUCUUUAAUCACGACGAUGAUUUACUAUUAUUGAGGUUUUGGAAAUUUCUAGAAUGAUCGCCCAUGGAAUGAAUUUUUUAGGAUUGGAUUAGUUCAGAAUGGGUGGAUAUAUUGAACGAUUCUCUGGUUUUAAUUUCUCAGCUGGAUUUUUUAAUGAGAUUUUGGGUGAUAUGAGAGAGUGAAUUAUAUUUGGAGGUCCAAAAAUGAGCACCGAAAGACAAUUGGUUAGCGUUCGGGACCUCUUGGAGGAAGCCAAGAAGCGAAUUGUGUUUUUGAUCGUAUGUGUUGUAGGCCUGUCCUAUCUGAUGUCCUUAACAAGCUCAUCAGUUUUAGUCAACUUGCCUGCCUCUGCCGUUUUAAUAAUCAUCUUUCGCUACUGGUCUCUGGAAUUUGAUAUGCGGAGAAAAGCUGCAAAUUACAAAGGCAAACCAAUAGCUGUAAGUACUACUCCCAUGAGAAAACCUUUUGAGGUUCCUAGAGUUACUGCUGAUACGUCUGAUUGGAGGCGUAAAGUGGAUUCUCCUGUUGUUGAGGAUGCAAUAGACCAUUUCACUAGACAUAUUGUGUCAGAGUGGGUAACAAAUCUCUGGUACUCCCGCAUAACUCCUGAUAGACAAGGACCAGAAGAGCUUAUGCAGAUCAUGAAUGGUGUACUCGGGGAAUUUUCAUAUCGCAUGAGAUAUAUUAAUCUAAUUAGUCUUCUAACAAGGGAUGUCAUUGAUCUUCUAUGCACUCAGUUGGAGCUUUUUCGUGCAAGCAAGACAAAGAUUGAGAAGCACCGCUCAAGAUUUCUAACCAUGGAAGAGAGAGAAAUGGAACUAAAAUCUGUUCUGGCUGCGGAAAACAAACUGCAUCCUGCUUUAUUUUCUGCCGAAGCUGAGCACAAGGUUCUCCAGCAUAUUAUGGAUGGUCUCAUUUCAUUUACAUUUAAGCCAGAUGAUCUACAAUGCUCCUUAUUUCGCUAUAUCGUAACGGAACUUCUUGCUUGUGCAGUAAUGCGACCAGUGAUAAAUUUAUCUAGCCCAAGGUUUAUCAAUGAGAGAAUUGAAUCGUUAGUUAUUUCUUUAAGCAAGACCGACAAAGGAAGUAAGGCAACACAUGUGGAUUUACAGUCCAGGCCAAAUAUAUCUCCUAAGUUAUCAUCUGAUCAUUUUUCACGGGUUCUAGAUCCUUCCAUGAAAGGUGUUGAACUCGUACAGUUAAAGAAGGAUCAAUCCAAGAAUGAGGCUGAGAAUCCUGCAUCAGGCAACAUGAAGGAAAUACUUCUUUCAAAAGAUCCAUUGCUUUCCAUUGGUAAACACUCCACCCCUUCUUGGAGUUCUUUGCCAUCAGAAAACAAUUAUGCUGACGGAAGAGAUAUUCAGCGACACCUAUCCGGAGGAGAAUGGGUUGAUAUGCUAGAUGUGUUUUCUCGCAGAAAGACUGAGGCACUGGCUCCAGAACAUUUUGACAAUAUGUGGACUAAAGGAAGAAAUUACAAAAGGAAUGAAGGCGCAAAUCAGGUGGCUGACCCUGUGAAGCAAGCCUCUUUGGUGGGUGUAUCUAUCUCGAUCAAGCAGUCAAAGGAGCUUUCUGGGGCAAAGAAAAAGGUUAAAGAAACCAAAGGUAGUUCCUUUGAGAGUGAUGUUUCUAAUUCUGGAUGUAGUAAAUGCCCUGGGGCCAACAUUAUUGUCACACAUGAUGAGUUUAAAAAACAAAGUCGUACAGCAAUUCCUUUAAGUGAAGACAAAGAUGAACUUAGCGUCUUGCAUUCUGAUGAGGUCAAAUCAGAGAGCAGUUGUUAUACUACUGAAGAUGAAGAUACUAGCAGUGUAACAGGUAUUGAUUCACCUGGUAUUAUUGUUUGGGAUGCUAAAAACAAAAGAAGCGUCAGUAGCAUUCAUCAUCCUCUUGAAAGUUUUGAAGGCCAUAAGAGUAGAAAGAUGAGCAAAGGGCAUCUUCAUUCACGAAGAUUGCUUAAAACCCUGUCUAAAAGGAAAAGGUCUAGAUCAAGUAGUCACAACAGGCACUUGUGGCAAGAGGUUGAAAGAACUAGUUUCUUACCGGGAGACAGGCAGGAUAUACUGUAUUCUUCCACAGAAAAUAUCAAACAUGAAGACUUAAGUGAUGACUUUGAGGCUGAACUUUUAAACAGAGUUUAUAGUGGAGCUACUACUUCAUCAUCGGCUUCCUUUGCCUCCUUACCUGGAAGUCAUUGCUGGCCUGCUAAUUCUGCAAAAAACUCAAUUGUUGCUGAUUCUUUUUUCAAGUUACGAUGUGAGGUAUUUGGUGCCAAUAUUGUGGAGAGUGGGUCCAAAACUUUUGCUGUUUAUUCCAUAUCUGUUACUGAUGUAAAUAGUAACAGUUGGUCCAUCAAAAGAAGAUUUCGACAUUUUGAGGAGUUACAUCGGCGUCUUAAAGAGUUUCCUGAAUAUAAUCUCCAUUUGCCACCGAAGCAUUUCCUGUCAACCGGUCUAGAAGUUUUUGUAAUUCAACAGCGGUGUAAAUUGCUUGACCAGUAUUUGAAGGUCUGGAAAUUCUUUUCCUGCCCCUUUGAAAGUUUCCAUUUUUCCUUUUACAUUUCCGGCUUUCCUAACAUAUAUUCAGAAUAAGUUAAUUUUGAUGCUAGCUAUAGGAUGAAGAAACCAGAAGCCGUUUUAUGCAAUUAAAGUUUACUUAGAAGCCUUUUAUACUUAUUUCUAACUCCUUUCGCAAUGUUGUCCUAUGCUCUAUUCUAUUACUCCCACUGUAUUGCCAAUGAAUCCUAAACUCAUGGUGUUGCUUAAUGAUAUAUUGGCUUUUCCUGUUACUUAGUGAAUUAAUAUGAUUAUAGUUUAUGUUUUACGGGAC